CUGAUUGGCUGUUCGUUCCACCUGAGGGCCGACGGACUAGUUCCGGGAUUCUGAUGUCGGCCUAGCAAGCGAACUAACUAGUUUGCUAGCGGCUAACUCAAGGAGGACCGUAACGACCCACACCCUACAGGCAAGACAGCUCGGAUGUUCGACAUCAGAGGCGUCCAACAGCUUAUCCACAGGGCCAGUGGGUGAAACAAGACGGGGGAGAAAAGACAGAAAAGGACUAAAAUGCAUCAGACUACAUAACACCACUGCUGCACAUGGCUUUAUUUAAGAGAUGCAAAAUGGGAAAGGAGUUCUAUCUGCAGAGAAUUUGGAGAUGGGAGAGGUCUCUACACCCAGACCCGGCCAAGUGCGGUGACACCUCGGUGACAUACACAGGGCUUCUUUUUGGAAUGAGUUGAUUUUGUCCCCGUAUUGACACAAAGACUGAAGGCAGGGGUCUCAGAAGAUCCAGGGGACUCUGCUUGGCUAUUUGAGUUAUUUUACUUGUAAAGGCAAGGCUAGACAUCAUUUUUAGCAUUUUAGCAGUUUAAAAAAAAAAAAGAUUCCAGCUGGACCUUUGUUUGAUGUUGAGCAGCUUCCUGCAACUGGUUUAAAAGUUUUUUUUGUUGUUAUCCCCUGCUGACUUAGUUUGAAACGCUGGAACUGUCCCUCCUGCCGCCAUCCUCAGUUUCUUCCACCCACCCAGUGCCUAAAUAAGCCUUCUCGGGACAAUCACAGAAGUCAUCAGCAGCUGCUGCUGCUGCGCUCAAUCCUCUGCCUGUUUUCCUUUAUGCGCUUCUGCUUUCAGCCUGCUGGCUAUCCACCCACUACCUCUUUAAUUUUUUCUGGUCUUUUCUUUUUAUAUUCAUUUUCUCUGAGAGGCAGAAAUCAGAGCUCAAGCACAGUGACGAGCAUUAAUGUAAACACUGAGUUUCAGGAGUGGAGAGAAACCUAGAUUGCUCCACUUCUAGUUGUGUUUGCAAGUGUCUGUGCUUUUGUGUACAUGCACAGCAGCAUUACGGUUGCACUGGUGCCAGGGAGCAGCUUAAGAUUAGAUUUAUUUAUAUUGUUGCACCAAAUACAGUUACAUUAAAGCCAUACAAAAAUAUUUAUGAAUUACCUACGCAUAUUUUUGUAUCACAUUGCUCUUGUAUAGUUUUGCUUUUAUAAGCCUCUAUUAAGAUUAUGCACACAAAUAAAAUAUUUACAACAAGCUGUACACAUGCAAGUAGAGCUGUAUAUUGCUAAAUAAAAAAACAACAACCUCUGUUUGAGUGAUUGUAUUAGUGCCAGGAGACAUUUAGUGUCUGGACACAAAGAAUCCCUUAUGUUUCCAUUCAAUUGCUGCUUUGCAUAGUGUUGGUUUUCUUUUCCAGUCUGUAGUCAUGGCCUCUCCUCCCAAACAAACACCAUAUUUGCCAUUUUGACCUGUAAAGCACCCUUUACAGUUGGUAGACAGUAGAUAUCUACCUUUCUCUCUGUCUUCCUCCCCUCUCUCUUUUUUUCUGAUGCCGGGCUUUAGUGGUGGGGGGGUUGGGGGAGGAGUAAGUGUCCCUGCUUCUGCUCCUCCCCGUCCAUUUCGACCCAGCCGAUAUGUCCCGGUGUCUGCAGCCACCACCUUCCUUGUUGGAUCCACCACUCUCUUCUUCUGCUUCACGUGCCCGUGGUUGUCAGAAUAUUUUUCCUCUGUCAUUCCUAUCUACAUUGCCGUGAUCUUCCUCUUCACCCUUGCCAACUUCUGCAUGGCCACUUUCAUGGACCCUGGAGUCUUCCCCAGAGCGGAGGAGGAUGAGGAUAAAGAGGAUGAUUUCCGUGCUCCGCUCUAUAAGACAGUGGAGAUCAAAGAUAUCCAGGUGCGCAUGAAGUGGUGCUCAACCUGCCGCUUCUACCGCCCGCCGCGCUGCUCUCACUGCUCAGUCUGCGACAACUGUGUGGAGGAUUUUGACCACCACUGUCCUUGGGUGAACAACUGCAUUGGUCGGAGGAAUUAUCGCCAUUUCUUCCUCUUCCUGCUAUCACUUACCACUCACAUCAUGAACGUAUUUGGCUUUGGCUUGGUUUAUGUCCUGCACCACCGCCAUCAGCUGGACACACCACAUGCUGCUGUUACUAUGGCUGUAAUGUGUGUAGCUGGUCUAUUUUUUGUCCCUGUCGCUGGCCUGACUGGGUUCCACAUAGUGUUAGUGGCCCGCGGUAGGACCACAAAUGAACAGGUGACAGGGAAGUUUCGGGGAGGCGUUAACCCUUUCACCAACGGCUGCUUGAGGAAUAUUUCACAUGUGCUGUGCAGCUCCCAGGCCCCCAGAUACAUAGGCCGGUGGCGGAACCCUCAGGCAGUGGAAGUACAGCCACCAUUUCUUAGACCGCCUCUCACUGAGGCCCAGCUAGAAGCCAAGGUCCUGGACAACGGCAUCCAGAAUGACCGACACAGCACCAGGUCCAAGAGCAGUCUAGAUCAGAUGGAGAGCCAGUCAGCUGAUGCAGAGCCUCCACCUCCUCCAAAGCCAGAGCUUCGUUACCCUGGCCUUCCCCGUGCUGACACGGAGGAGAGCAGUUUAUUGACUGAAGCUCCAACUACACCAUCAAUGUACAAGUACCGACCAGCCUACAUCAGCCCAGGAAGGAACCACAUGGCCCUCACACACCCCAACAAGAUGACCCGUGGGGAGAGUCUUGACUCUCCAUCUCCCUCCAUCCUCCAGUCCAGCCGCCAGCCUAGCUACCGCUCGGAGCCGAGCAGCCUGGACGGGGCCACGGUGGUGGGGGGAGGUGUAGGGGCGCGCAGAGGGGGAGGGGAGAGGGGUGAGGGCCCCGGAGGCCCUGGCGGUACUGCUGGGGGGAUUUCGGGGGGCAUGUCGGGUUACUCCCUGACUGGGCGCUCCUACACCUCCUACCCAUCCUCUCUGGUUCUGUCCACUGGCGGCUCCCGCUCCUCCAGCCUGCGCUCUGCGCACACGGCACAUAACCCGCUGGCCACGCUCCACUCAGAAGGCACCACAGACACCAGCUACAAAAGCCUGGCUAAUCAGACGCCUCGGAAUGGCAGCCUGUCCUAUGACAGCCUGCUGACACCAUCCGAGAGCCCAGAGUUCGAGUCAGCCGUCCACGAGCUGUCGCCACAGAAGCCUCACGCUCUGUUUUCCUCAGCGACUAUAACAGGCCAGCCUGAGGUGGUGUCACCCAGUACCCGGCUGCAGGGCUACACGUCGCCCUUCCUCUCAGCUCAGAUUGCCCAGCAGAGGGAGGGGCAGCUGCUCCAGGGCUCUGCCACUUUCUCCUCCCCCCACAGAGCCUACCUGCGUGCCGUCAGCCCGCCCCCUCCAUCCUCCUCUGGGCCUCCUGAGAUCCAGCACCUGCUCCAGCAUAACCAGGACUCCUCUUCCCGAGCCUUUCGUAACCCUUCCUCCUCAUCCUCUUCCCCUGGGGCUCGCUCACUCGAGCCCCCUGUCUCCCCACCACCUCGUGGCCUCUCCCUCGGCAAGUCCCAGUCUUACAUUGGGGAGGCAGGGCCUCAGCACAAGCCUCGGCCCCCAGGAGGAGGCACUGUGCUGGGAGGGGGAGGAGCCGGAGGAGGGCAACAGGCUCCACACCCUGCUCUUCCUCCCUGAUCUGUGUGAGUCUUCCUUUUCCUCCUUCACGGUUUGCAGUCAAUCUUUUGCUUGUUUAGUGUUUAACAGUUGGAUGUGUGUAUGGAAGUUGUAUUGGCUCAGUUGGUGGAAUGUGUGCAUUAGUUUUAACAGCAUGCCAGUAUGUGUUUAGCUCUGUGAAAGCAUGCUUAACCAUUCUGCUAUUUACUUCUGUCCUGUAGCCUUUUCUGUCCUUGUCCUUUUCUCACUCACUAAGUAGUUACCAAAUGCCUUACAAGAUCAAUGGUAGAGAAACAUUUUGCUGUUUGUGCUUGUUUUUGUUGUUAUUUUUGAAGUAGAACCACUCACCUCCACAUCCAUUUAUCCUCUGUCCUCAUCCUAAUCUGCCCCCACUCCUCCCCUCCCCUUCCUGAUGGCUGUCCAAUCAGAUCCACCUCUCGCUCAGUUGUGGCCAAUCACACCACAUCCAAACCAGGCGGCGGGGUGAAGAAGGUGACAGGCGUCGGAGGGACCACUUACGAGAUAUCUGUUUGAGUGACAGACAUCAUUCAUGGUCUAUCACAAGGAGGGGGGAAAAAGUCACUGGACUACUUCCACUUGUCUCUUACCUGAGCUGGAUAUUAUUCACGACUGCAGGCCCCUGAAAAAUGACUGUUCUCCGCAGCAACGGACUAAAGGAGCCGGUCUGACUGGUACUCACUUUAUCUUUGUACCACCACUGGCCACUCUUCUCUGCUAGCCUUUCAGAUUUGAACAAAGAGUAAAAGGAGACACUGGUCCAUUUUUCACAGGAUCAAUUCGUCUCCAUUUAGCCACUUUGUGAGCCAUAGACUGAUGUGACUGUAUGAUCACGGCUGGGUACAGAUGUGUCUAUAGAAAAUGCAUAGCUAUUCAAUGAUUUGCUGUUUUACUUUGGUACAUUAGCACACCAAGUAUUGACCACGAUGUCUGACACUUAAGGAAAGGAUGGCCUUUAUCCAGUGGAUGUAGAAUUUUAAGAAGGAGGAUUUAGGGCUGUUGACCAAUAGAAACGUCUUCUUCUCCUCUGUCUGAACGGACCACACAACUUGUUAUCAAUAAGAGUCAUGGAGAGAGUCCAAACUAUAAACACAGUAUCAUUUUAGUUUUAUAAAUCUUUUUUUAAAAUAUUGUUUUAUAUAAAUGUAUAAAAUCUUACAGAUUAUUAUUAUUAUUAUUAUUAUUAUUAUUAUUGGGUCAAAUUGUCAGGUAUUGAAGAUGACUAUUGAUAAGGGUGGCAGAUGUACUGUCUGUAAUUAUUCAUGAAAGCGAUUUCAAAUCAGUUGCCUGUUCAUAUUUAAUGGCUGCAUCAGCCACUCGUGAGCUCUUGCUGGAAUUGACAUCGUCCAAAGAGAAUGAUGAUCCUUUGGUGGACAGCUGAAGUGGCAAAUAAUUGAGCUUAAUUUUUUUUGGGGGGGGAAAGCCACAAAGAAAUUCUGAAUCACGAUUGCAGCACAAGCAUCUUUGUGGAAUGUACGCUUGUAAUGUUUGUUAGACAUUAUGCAAAAUCUGUUUGUAGCUUUAAGAUCAUUGUAUGUCUUUUUGGUGUAUUUUUUUUUUUUCUACUUUUCUGUAAUGUUUUGUCUGUCAGUCAAUCUAGAUGCGAGCAGAACUUUAUACCUUUAACAGAUGGCCAGCCAAAUAGGGGCAGCGAGGGAAGGGCUUAUUUAUUUCACCAGACAUGACAACUAUUUAGUUUUGGACACAAUUUCAAGCCAGUCUCUACCAGUUUGUUCUUCAUUUGAGAAAACAAGUAUGAAUAUUUUUUAUGAAAAAACGUUAUAAUUGUAAAUGCAAUACGCCACUGAAUAGAUUUGAGGAGGGACUGGUUUGCAAUUGGAGACUGUGUUGAUAGUUUUGUUUUUUGCCAUUCAAAGCACAUUGUUGUUUUUUUCUAUUGGUUUUUAUUUUUUACACUUUUAUGAGAAAAAAAUGUAAGGUUAGAUUUUUUGAUUGACUUGCUCAUUUAAAAAAAAAAAUCUGUAAAAGUAACUUUUAUUUUAUCCACAGCCAUGUUGAAAAAGGAAUAAUUAGAGGAAGGGAGGUGUGUAUGUGAGUUUGUGUCUUUCAGUAUGGGGCAUUACAGUAGAGGGUUUUAUUUAUUUUUCUGUCAAGGCCCACAGUGGUGUUUGAAGUAGAAUGUCACAGCUGGCUGAAUGUAGCACAUCUGUGGAGGAAAGUACACGCUUGAAGCACACAAGUAUCAUCGUUCAACCCAAGCGGCUGCGUUGUGAGUUUUCAACCCUCCCAGGCUAUGUCUUCGGUGUGCAUGUGGAUUUUUGUUUGUCGUGCUUCACAGGCGUGCAUAUUUGUGAGAAUAUUGUCAAAUGCCUACCUGGUUCAUGUGUGGGUGGUAAGAAAAGAAGCAUCAUUAAUGGCACAAGCAGCCGUCGUACAGAGAUAAAGAGAACCUGUGUUGUUUUUCUUCCUGCUCUGGCCAAGGAAGGUGGCCAUAGAACAAUUUGAAACUAUGAGUAUAGUAGGUAUACUUCUAUGUGAGAUAAAAUAUCACUAUUGUGGGCUGUGAUGAAUGGAACGAGUUUCACAAAUAUCUGUAACGAGUACAUUAAAGACGUUUCCAAAAAGGCCUUAUAAAGAAUUUUUAAAAAGAUCUCUUCUCAGAAUAAAAAGGUCAAACUGAUGAAAAA